UGCACAUUGCAAUAUGCAAUACAAAAAAAAUAAUAUCUAUCAAUAUAUUAAGACCUUCAUCACCAAAAUUAUGUACCCCAUAAUAUCAGGAACAUAAACCUACCUAAAUUGUAAAGCAUUCGACCAAUUAUUGUUGUUAGUCAAUUUAUAGCAAAGGGGUAAAUUAAAAAGCCGUUAGAAGAGUGAGUGUCGCAACAGCGAGUCCGUGUCUGUUAGCGAUGCGUACCCAACAGAGUUGCUAACGAUACUAUCGAAUAGAGACAAACGCGACGACAUCAAACAACACUAGAGAGCAUAAAAACAUUGUGGAAAAUUUCCCAUGCUGUCGAGAGUUUUCCUCCAAAGUGUGUAGAGAACCGGGAACGCGUGAACAACAUAAGGGCAGCCAACGCGCGCGUGUAAAACAACACACACACAUACAUAAACAGCAAGUAACCAAACACAUGGGAACCUUAUCAAUUGGUAGUGAAAGUAAACAUCAAAACAAAAGAGACACCUUAUUGAACGCCGGAGAGAGGUGCUGCAAUCGGCCAGUGCACUUAAUUGAUAGCAAAAGCCCUAUGCUAAUUUGAUAAGUGUGUCAUUGUGGUACAUAUAGCUCAUGCGAGCUGGGCAGAAAAUAAUUUUUUUACUCAUCAGACAAUAAUAAUGUAAAUUGAAGCAAGAAGAAAAAGGAAUUCCUCCAUAUUUCGGCUCAUUUCCUCUCGUGAGCGUGCGCUGCUGUGUAUAGCUACCUAUGUGUGUGCGUGUGUGUCCCGCUUUUAACUCUGUAUUUGUGUCAGCCAGCGUCCUGAAUGCAGACACUUUAAGGCAAUGCUAAAGCCGUAGCAACUACAUAAGAAAAAUUUAAAUUUAUUUGUUAUCGACAAUUUCAGAGUUUCAAUUCAAUUGGAAAACAUGAGAUUUCACGAGUCUUUUAACUAAACAACUUACAUAAGCAAAACAUAAUAAUUGCAUACGACCGAUUAAAGGCUUAAUACAAACGCGCGCUAGUCUUCGUCACGCAUGUAAUAUACGCCACAGAAACACACACCAGCACAACGCUCUGACGCGCUCUAUGAAAAUUCUCCCCUCGAACUUAUCAUUAGUGUGCAGUGAAAACUCCAAUAGACAAUUCAGUUUGAGUUAACAGUGCAGCACCCAUUCUAUACUAGCAGCAAAAUAAGCAGUUCUAAAAGAAUUAUAAUAAAACCCAAACCACAAGAGAAAGGAUUCUCACAGGCAAGCAUCAAAAUGGCAACAGACUUUUUGUUUCCGAAAAUAGCGGAUUGCUCCUAUGUAUCCUGUUACUGUGAGGAAAACGUUUGGAAAUUAUGUGAACAGGUGCAGCGCACGCGCCCUGAGGAGUUAAGCAAGUGCUAUGCUGUUUUCGUCUCAAAUGAGGGGAGAACUGUACCACUAUGGCGACAAAAAGCUGGACGUGGUGAUGAUCAAGUUGUGAUAUGGGACUAUCAUGUAUUCUUUAUGCAUAAUCCCUUGCCCAACCGCUGUUUGGUAUAUGACUUGGAUACUACACUCCCGUUUCCAACAUAUUUUCAUAAGUACGUUACUGAAACUUUUCGGUCAGAUCUCGCACUACGACCUGAGCAUCACAGAUUUUUCAGAGUCAUACCUGCUGAUACAUAUCUAAUUGAAUUCUCAUCGGAUCGUCGGCACAUGCGCCGGCCAGAUGGUAGCUGGAUUAAGCCGCCACCAUCAUAUCCACCCAUCCUAUCGAAUACUAACAUGCAUUGUUUGGGCGACUUUAUUUGCAUGAGCGCUGGCAAAGGACCCGGCGCCGUCUACAGCCUCUCCGAGUUUGUGCAAUACUUUUAUAAGUCACCGCACGUUGUGGCACAACACAACAAAUAAAUUAUCAAUUAUCACACAAAUACAUUUACUGAUAUCAGCUUAAACCAAAAUCGAAAUUAAUUUAAAAAGUUUGUGCUCUUGCAAAACUUGCCGACAACACAACAGAUGUGCAUUAUACUAAAAGACAAUUGAAUAACAAUUGCAUACAUAUAAAUACUUAUAUACAUGUAUAAUGCAUAUAAUAUAAUAUAAUGUAUUUUUAUAUUCAGAUUAAUAUUUAAUAAGAGCAAACUCUGUAAGUAAUAAAUUAUGCAUCUUCCAAAUCCUUGACAUUCAAAAAUUUUACAUUUUUUAUUUCCUUCUAUGCAUUCAAAAACCUGAGAUUAUAUUUGAAAGUUCUUUUGCCAUUUUUACCAACAAAAUUGAAUUUAAUUCCACGAAUUGCGAGCAGUACAUGCCGUUUUCAUUAAUGGCAUUUUACAUAUUUUAAUACAUUUGCAUCUCACGCUCUUAACAUAUUAAAAAAGAACAUGCUGGAAGCUUUACUGUAUAGAUAAUGUUGACCUUGUUUAGCUCUUUUUGUUAACUUACUCUAAAAAUGUACAUCCAAUUUUUGACAGAAAUAAGUCUAGGCCAAGCAUUGUAGCCAUCAUUUACGGCAGCUAAAUGAGCAUUAUACAAAACCUUGGUGUAUGAUUUUUUUUUUUUUUUUUUUUUUUUUUUUUACUCUAUUGUAAUUACGUAUCGCAUACUUAUUUAAUACUUGUGACACGCAAAGACUGAUUCAUUAUACGCUCUACAGUAAUAGUAAACAAAAUACCAGGCAGAGCCAUCCCAAUUUUCAACCAGAAUACUCUUAGCGAAAAAUUCACACCAUUUAAUCGGAAAAUUAACAACUAAUGAUUUUGUGUUUUUAUUGCUUCACAAUUAAAAUUUCCGAAUUCUCACUUUACCACUUAUAACUUUAAACUCUUUUACAUUCAAUAAGUUGAUAAAUUUGUAUUAUUAUUAAAAGAAAAGAAAAAUGUUUACUCAAUUUUGUAAGACUUAAAAAAAAAAUAUUACAAUUUAUAUAUAAUGUUAAUGUAUAUUACUUACAUUAAAUGCUGUGCAAAGUCUCAAAGUUAAACCUACACUCUUAAAUUAAAAAAAAAAAUGUAAACUUUAAAAAGUUUAAAAUAUACUUGAAUCUGGCAAAACUUUACUUAUAUGUGCUAUGUAUUUGACACUAACAAAAACAACACUUGCCACUGUAACUCAUCUUAAGCUCUUCUUUUCUCAUUUAAGUAAGAUUCAAUCUUGUAAGACUUUUUAAUUUACAAAAACCACAAAAGCAAAACAAGUAAGGUUUGCUUUGGCUUAUUUAUAUAAAUAAAUAAAUAUAUACAUGGAUAUUAUCACUUAAUGUUUUUAUGUACUAAACAGCAUAUAUGUAAAGUUUUCUCUUCCACCUUUGUAAUUUAAAUAUAUAUAAAAUAUAAUAUUGAGCAGCUAAUAUGUUACCUCCGCGGAAAAAUACUACAAAAUUUACUCAUAGUAUAAGCAGACAAUGUAGACGCAAUAAUUUAAUGUUUGCGUCUUAUUACUCUUUUUUAUAAAAAUGCAUAUAAAAUAAGAUAUCCAUAAAGAGGCUGAUGAAUGUUUAUAAAGUCAAGUAGCCGCAGCUUUUUGAUCAUAUCAGAAUGACAUGUAUUUAUUGUUCACAUUUUUAAAAUAUCUUUUUAGUUAAAUUUUUCAUAUUCAGCUAAAAUAAUCUUAAAUAGCUCGAAAUACACAAUAUGAAAUUAAAACAUACACUGUAUAUACGUAUGUAGUUAUAAACAAAGAAAAAAAAGAAUCAUUAAAAGCGUCUUACAUGCGUGAACAUCAUAUGUGUAGGUCAAAUGAAAUAUAUAGUUAGAUAAAUUUGAAUUAUGUGACAGCGAUACCAAAUUAUUUCAGCAAUUUACAAUUUACUUACAGCAUACAAAAUCUCGUAAACCUUUUUUACUCUGCUCACCAUAAGAAAAAAAUAUCAACAAUUAUAAUAGAUAAUCUACUCAUUCAUCAGGUUAUACAGCUACAUAUGAAUGAAAUGAAAUUAAUUGCGCUAUAUUCUAUUUACAAUUUUUCUAAUACAAUGUUUUCUAGAUUGGUAAAUAUUGAUCCCUUUUUCUAUUAAUAAAUGCGCGCUGAAUCUGAAAAUAUUGCAAGCUAUAUACGUACAUACAUAUUUUCAUAUAUACAAAUUGAUAUAGAAAAUGCGCCAGAUAUUUAAAUCUCCACACAUUACAAAAUUAUAAAGGCAAUACACAUAUGUCUAUGGUAUUACGUUUUUAAAACGAUAAACAAGGAUCUUAAUAUUCUAAUAAAGUUGAAAAAAAAAGUUUUUGAAUAUAUUGGCUUUAGCCUGUGUUAAUCGACUUAUAUGUCUUACUCUAUAAAAUAUAUGUAUAUCAAACAAAUUAUCAAUUGUACUACUAUUGUAUUAUUAUUCUAAACUACUUUUUCUGCUCUGUAGUAUUUGUAUAAUUUAUACUAUGAGUCAAUGAAAUAAAGCUGUACUUUCGAAUCUUCAAAUUGUGACGCGCAAAAACGAAUAUUAAUAUAAAUCAACCUUAAAAUCAUA